GCCCGAGAUAGACACUAUCCGAUGUCUGACCUCACGGCAUAUUGGGCAAUAUUUCCUAUAUGCCGAGCAGUUCAUGCUCAUACACUACGUAAGGCACCGGGUUAUUAUCCGGGCUCUGAAGGUAUAAACCAGAACACCCUCGCUGCCGGCCUUUUAAGACCACACCGCUCUGCAAGAUGUAUCACACUCUAGCCUUCACUGGAGCUUGUCUGUCAGCGGCUCUGGUCGCUGCAUCGCCUCUGACCUCUGCCUCCAACAGUCCCUCGAACGAAAGUGCGAUUCCCGACUUCACAUUCCCUCCUCAGAAUUUGACCAAUUACGGCAACAACUCUCUCUUUGCACAAUGGAGAACCAAAGCAAGAUUCAGGCCAUCCUCAAACCACAUUGGAGACCCGACAGCUUUCUGGCAAGAUGAAGAGGGAGUGUUCCACGUCUCUGGUCUCUUCUCAUAUCUACGUGGACCAAACAUCUCAAUCACCUCCAGUAUUGGCUCAGCCCUGACCUCGGAUUUUCUCAACUUCACUGAUGUUCACGAUUAUAAGAAUGCAUCCCUAUUCACCAAUAGCAUCUCGAUUGGACCCGGAAAUAAUAAUGACCCGCUGGCUGUCUUUGACGGGUCGGUAAUCCCGAAAGGAUACAAGGGAAGAGUCAGUUUGAUCUACACUGGGGUGCACUUCCUACCAAUCUCAUGGAGCAAGCCUUACACCGAGGGCAGCGAAGUGCAGACUCUAGCCUACUCAGAAGAUAACGGUGCUACAUGGAUCAAGCCAGAUAUUGAACCUGUCAUUCCCGGCCCACCUGAAGGAUUCAAUGUGACCGGCUUCCGCGACCCAUGGGUGUUCCAGGCACCUCAAUUUGCCAAGCUUCUCAACGAUACGCCUGAAACCUGGUACCUCACCGUCAGUAGUGGUAUCCGACAAGUUGGACCUCGUCUGCUGCUGUACAGACAGAACGACACAGACUUCACCAGCUGGGAGUUCCUUGGCCCCUCGGUCUCUACUCCUGUGAACACUACGUUCAGCACUGGUAACUUUUCUGGCAAUGACGGAUCCAACUAUGAGACAUCAAACACACUUUUCCUCGACGAGGACGGCGAGAAUCUCGAGGAUGGUGUCAACUUUGUCACCAUGGGUGCCGAGUCGGGCAGAGAAACACACAGCUUCCACUACUCUCUCUGGAAGAUGGGCAAGUUUGUCCGCAACCCUCUGAACGAGAGUGUUAUGCUCGAGGACCAUGCCACCGGUGUCAUUGAUUGGGGUAUUGGAUACGCUUGCACUACUAUGCCUGACUACAAGACCAAUCGCCGUCUUGCCUUCUGCUGGAGCAACGACGACUUCAACUCGACCAUCUCCGAGCAAGUUGGGUACAGAAUUGGCUCUGGUGGUGUCUACAGCAUUCCUCGUGAGCUUUACUACAAGGAGAUUGAAGGUGUCGUUGCCGAUGACCUUGCAGCUGAGAAUGGCUACUGGUCUGUUGCAACGGAGUACUUGAACACUACUCUGGCAAAUGACGGAAUUGCAUUGGCCAAGGCUGUUGGCAAUGACACCGUCACCCUCGCAACCCUGGGAUGCAAGCCUGCUCGUGAGAUACUGGCUUUCAGAGAGCAUGCCAAUCACGCGUGGACUGAGUCUGACUUUGACGUCGACGUGAGCUCGGUCAAGUCAAACUGCAGCGGUGUUGAGUACACAAAAGAGGGAGGCGUGACCCGUGCCUUCAUUCCCUUCACGCAAAGUCCUCACAGCCGCCGCUGGGAACUCCAGACCACCAUCAGCAUCCCCGAGACUUCCCUCCGUAACGAAGAGUACGAAGACUUUGCCGCCGGCUUUACCUUGUUGCACUCCAGCGCCUCAGCACCCUCCAACUACUCCAUCGACGAUGCAGCCAUGCUCUACCGUCCUUCCAAUGAAACAUUCAUGAUUACCCGCGACCUCGCUCUCGGUCGUGAUAACGUAAACACCGACCCCGAGAUGGGCAAACUCCGCCUCUGGAACAUUUCCUCCACCGACGCUACCGGAAACCAGACUUUCUCCAUCCAAUCCCUCAAUAUCCGCGCCUUCAUGGAUGGCAGUUUCUUUGAAGUCUAUGUCAAUGAUGUUCUCACAGUCUCCACGCACCUGUACUACUGGUACAAAGAUUCUACACGCAUGGGUUUCUACCUCCAAUUCUCUGAUAUGUUGGUAAACUCCACUCUGGAAACCGGAGUCAGGUUUUCGAAUGUCAGUGUUUGGGAGGGUGUACCGAAUGUGUUUCCUCACCGCCCUACUGAUCCGGCGAAGCUGAUUGAUAAUGGUGUGGGCUUCGUGGAGCCGCCUAAUAAUCCUAACCUACCGUUGGCUUAUGAUGGUGUUGGUGCUCCUCCUUUGCCUCCGGUGGAGAAUCUGCCGUAUGGUAUUGAUUUGAGUACGGUGGAGUAGGUUGUUGAGGGGCUUUUGUUAGUAUUUAGCUUCUAUAAUUGCUUCUGCACACCCGUUCGUGUAUAUCAUGAGUAUUAUAGUGUUCUUUGAGUGAC